AUGGACUGCGCACCUCAAAUCACAAAUGCUGUUGAAACAGCCAUCCCCUUAUGCCAGAUCAUUUGGUGUGGCGUUCAUGUGUUGCGCGCUGUCAUGAGAAAGGCUGAAAAGUUUCAAGAUCGUUCCAACUUCGAAACUUUCUAUAACUUAAUGAAGUUAUUGGUCUUUGGUUCUGAAGAGGAAGAAAUUGAUCCUGAUGAAGUUUACAACAAUUUAG